AUGAACCGGGCUUCCGACCUGGAGGAUAUAGAAUUUAAAUCUUCUCUCACAAACACUACCAAGAUAUUUGAUAUAAAGGCUUGGGCUGAGUACGUUGUGGAAUGGGCUGCAAAGGACCCAUAUGGCUUCCUUACAACGGUUAUUUUGGCCCUUACUCCAUUGUUUCUAGCAAGUGCUAUACGGUCCUGGAAAUUAGCCAAGAUGAUUGAAGCCAGGGAAAAGGAACAAAAGAAGAAACAAAAACGUCAAGAAAAUAUUGCAAAAGCUAAACGACUGAAGAAGGAUUGAAGGAAUGAACAGGCUCUAUAACCAGAGAAAAAUCACUUGGAAAAUUAAGCAGCUUUGGAAGGACCCACUGAGGUUUCUUUUCUGACUUUUAUGACAGUAAUUUGUAGUCACUGAAGUCUGAGCACAUGGAAGGAUCAUGUUAGGUGUGACCUCUACUACUGCAACUUG